AUGCUCUACUCAACAACGGCUUGUCCCAUCGGGAAAUCGCUCGUCAAACGGGUCGCUCAAGACGAACUAUUGACCGUUAUGCAAGGAAUCCGCAAUAAUACGGCACAGCAGUACAUUCUGGACGGCACAGGCUGCUAUCGGUUCAAGCUGAACGAGAUGUCUGUCGAAAAGCAUCAAACUCUACGAAGUCCGCCAACCAAAUCAGAUCCGAAAUUCCUGAAAACGUCUCGAAGGACACCAUCUUACGAACAAUUCAUCGAUCCGGUCGAUUUGUGAAUACUCCAGUGAAGGCAGCACCUCGUCUACAGCAACGCCAUAAGAAUGAACGGCUCCAGUUUGCACGCUCUAACAUGGCCACGGAUUGGAUUGAGAUAUCAAUUUUUUCUAUCACCUUAUGAUUCCCAAUUUUUCUGUUCACAUCAUCUUCAGCGAAGAGAAGAAAUUCAACCUUGAUGGGCCAGAUGGGUACGCUCACUCCUGGAGAGAUUUGAGGAAAGAUCCGAUGUACUUCUCCAAGAGAAACUUCGGCGGCGGCAGCCUCAUGGUCUGGGCGGCUUUCAGCGGCAACGGGACGGUAGCUCUUUCUUUUAUUGGGACCAGAACGAAUUCGCAAGACUACCAGCAACCGCUUGCCUAGCAUCUCCUGCCCUAUCUCCGUCGCCGACGACGUGCUAAUAUGAUUUACCAACAAGACAAUGCAUCUGUUCACGCGAGCAACUCCACAUUGGCUUGGUUUGCGGCCAAUAACGUGGUUCUUCUGGACUGGCCCGCGUGCAGUCCUGACCUCAACUCUGUAGAGAAUUUAUGGUCAGUCCUUGUACGAAGGGUCUACGCGAAUGCCAAGCAGUAUACAACGGUCAACGAUCUGAAAAAGAGCGAUUCGUGCCGAGUGGGAUGGUUUGGACAAGUCACUGCUGCAAUCACUCGUUGGCAGCAUGCCGAACAGGAUUUUUCGAAGUCACUCAGAAACAAGGAGGCAUCACACAUUAUUAAUUAAUUUUUUUGUUAUACUUCGUUGACUUUGUGAAAUAAAUUUUGUUGAUUACUUAUAGUGGGUCUAUAAUUCUGCGUCGGUCAAAAAUCAGAUUUUCUCGUAUCUUGAAAAACUUUUCAACUGGGUGAUUGAUAAUUAUGAUAUGAUUAUGUUCCUUAUCAACAAGGUUUAUCACAAAAAAAGUUUGGUGGCUGAAAGUUUUUCAAUUUUUCUUAAAAUCGGAGAAAUUAGGGUGGGUCUAUAAUUAUGCGUCGCAGUGUAGAAAAUAAGAAUUUUACAAGUUUUAUCACUAAAGUUGCCACUUUUUCAGAACAUCCCCUAUCGUUCCAAGCUCACCGAGCGUAUCGACCCCGGCCAAACGCUCAUCAUCCGCGGGAAGACCAUUGAUGAAUCGAAAAGGUACUUUUGAAAAAAAUCUAUUUGAACCUUUAUCCGCUUGAAAAUGAGAAUUUUGAAUUUUUCUCCAAAUUGGUGAAGCCCUAAUAGAUAAUUUAUCAUUCAGUCGAGUCAUUUUGAUUAAAAAAAAAUUCUGACUGAAAUCUCGACUCUCGUAGAUGAAAAUAACCAAAUCAGUACCGUCAGAGUUUCCGAAUGGCCCCUAUAGGGGUUAGGAGGGAAACAACCCCUAUAUGGGCCGAAAAAGUGGUCCCUCUAGGGGUAAAAUAAGGUGGUCCUUCUAAGGGUUUUUAUGUCUGGCCUCAUGGCCACUAAAAAAAUUUUAUUCUUCUCCUAGAAACUUUAAAAUGAUCCCUAUAGGGGUUAGAGGGAAGAACAGCCCCUAUAGGAGCUGAAAAAGUGGUCCCUCUAGGGGUAAAAUAAGGUGGUCACUAUAGGGAGUUAGAGUCUGAACACUCAGCCUCUAAAGCUUGAGUGGACCCUAUAGGGGUCUUUCAAUUUCAUUCAAAAAAGAUUAUUUUUUCAGUUUUUCGUAUGAAAAUGCUUCUUCCCUUAGAGUUCAUAACUAUCAUCGACUGGCAUGUCCCCUAAAGGGACCACUUUUGCGAGCUUUAAUGGUCCUUAGAGAGGACCCUACAAAGACCCCUAAAUUUGCCCCUAUAGGGACCACUCUGGAGCUCCCAAUUUCUUCAGCUUUAUUUAGUUCCUCACUCAUCAAUCAUAAAAAAAAAAGUUAAAAAGCGAAAUUUCAGCCAUAUUUUUUGCUUAUUUUCCUUCUGUUUAUAACAAUCAGUUUUCCUUGAAAACAAUGGCUUAUGAGCUUAACUUUUAUUACUUUUUGUUGGGGGAAUUCACCCAUCUUUGCUCUGAAAAUCGAUCCGGGCUUGAAAUGAUGACGAAUUUCAGGUUCAACAUCAAUUUGCACAAAGAUGCGCCGGAUUUUUCCGGAAACGACGUUCCUCUGCACCUGAGCGUCCGUUUCGACGAGGGAAAGGUUGGUUAAUCGUAUUUUUGAGCUUUCGAUGGGGAAAAAUGAGAGAAAUGAUGUUUUUUCUGAAGAAUUUGAUCAUAUACUUGGAAAAAGAGCUUCCGAAAAUUAGGAUUUUUAUAAUUUUCAGCUUUUAUUGAAGAAAAAACUGACGGGAAAUGAUGUUUUUCCUCAAGAAUUUGAACAAUUUGAAGCCCCUGGAAAAAAAUCUUACAAAAAAAAACAUGUUUUUUGUGAAAAUUUCAAGUCAUAAAUCAUUUUCGAACAUCGCGACACUUUGACAACUGUUCCUAGGAGCUAAAAGGUCAAAAAAUAACUCGAAAAAUCCGUAAUUUUACACAUUUUCCCUAUGAAAGACGUCUUUUUCAAAGCCCCAUCUGUCAAAAUAACGACAUUGAUUGACGUAUUUUCCGAUUUUAACUAAACUUCCCAACUGGAGAAAUCGAAAAUCGCGACAGGGAUUGAAAAGAAAAUAAAGGUCACACGUAAAACGUGUUUAAUAAAAAAUAAAGUUAAAAAAAGCGUAGUUACCGUUAAAAUUUUAAAAAUAUGAAGAAAAAAAAACUGAAUAAAUUAUCUUAUGCAUGAAAAUCUAGUACUAACAACCAAAAUCAUACCUUUUUCCCAUGAAAUCAACAAAUUGCGGCUCCCUCCAAUUUACAGAUCAAACUCGAGGAUCUGCAGCGUAAAAAAUAUUUGAGCAAACGAGUAGGUUGCAUGAAGUUGUUGGUUUCUUUGAACUUGACUAACUCGAUAGUUUAGAACCAUAAUGCCGUGUUCAAAGUAAUUUCGGGGAAUCGAAAAAUAAAAAAAAGUAACGAUUUUCUCGUUUAAUUUGAAAACCCGAAAUCCUGAAAAUUGGCAUUUCGAGGGGCCGCGACGCGCCUGCUACGCGGGUGCUGCAGCAUUGGGUCUCGCAACGAUCAAACGCGGAAAAAAAGGAAAUUUUUCAAAAAUUUUCGCAAUUAAUUUUUUUGUAUUUGUUGAUUUGAUUAUUGUUUUUCAUUAUGGCGCGUUCAGGAGCAAAACGCGAAAUUUUUUUCGAAAUUCAAAAGAGCGUUCACGGCGAUACUUCGAAAUUAGCGAAUUUCGAUUUUUGAGAUAAUUUCGAGAUAAUUUUUUUUCUUCUUUUUCUUUUUUAGAUAAUUUUUUUCUUUUAUUUUUCAAUUUUCAACCCGUUCAAAUUUAUUGAUUUUAGAAAUAGUACGAAUGAAAGCCUUAAGUUAAUUUUUUCGACUGUCUGAACUUAAAAAAAAGUUCAAUUUUUCUCAAAUUUCGAAUUUAUCGUGUUUAUUUUUUUUUUCCAACGGAUGUAUCAGAGUGUUUGAAGUUGCAGGUCUCUAAACUAUGGCGGGUAUUGGAUUACCGAAAGUGCUAAAGUUGAAAAAAAGGUAAUUUUCAUUCAAAAAAACUUUUUUUCGCAGUUAUUUUUUUACAAAUUUUGAUUCUUUUUCACAAAAAAAUUUUUAGACUCGUUAGGGAGGCACGAGCGGCUCGUGUGAAGGUAACGCAAAAAUUUUUCGUCUCUACAGUCAAGCAUAAAUCCGUGAUUUUCGACGCAACGGUCAAGAAGAAAAUGGAAGGUUUUUUUAUCUAUACAAUUUUUCAAUAACUGGUUCAUUUCAUUAAAAAGAAAAAGUAUUGAAUUUUUUUCAGCUCAUUCGAACAAGACAUUGUUGUUUGUGGCCAGCCGGAUAAAUUUGGAAUUUACCAUGUCUCGAUUUUUGUCAAAUACACAGCUUUUAACUUCUCUUUCAAUGAUUUUGUUUUUGUUUUUAUUACGCGUUUAUUUUUCUCUAUCAUUUGUUUGAAUAAAGAUGAUGAGCAUUACCUUCUUGAAAAAAAUUAAUGUAAAAACAAGCUGCUUAGUUAAUCAAAUUAAAAAAACCUAACAACAGAAACUGUUUUUGUGAUGAGAUGUUUCUGAAAGGCAGAAGAAAAACAAUGAAAUUUUUUUAUUAGAAAAAAAGUUCCAUAAGGAAAGAUCCAAGUUUCACGUGUAGUCUUUCGGCGUGUCCUUCGUAAACCGUUCGUCUAGGGUCUGUAAGCAGAAGAAAUUUUUUUCCAGAAAGGAAAAAGCUGGUUGAACGGUGGUAUGAAAAAAACACAAGCAGAAAUUCAAACAAAAAUUCGCCCUUUUUCCGAAUUUUUUUCAUAUCGCUAGGGAACUUUCCGACGGCCACCUCUCCGACGGAUCCCUUUCCGACUUUUUUUCCCUUAUAUUUUUUUCGGUUUAUAAAACAUCUAUCAACAUAUUUUUUCCUAUUUUUUCCUAUUUUUUUUGUGUUUUAAACAUGAAUAACUUGCCUACUUUAUAUAGGGAUAUUUAAAACGAAAAGUUUAUUGAGAAGAAAAUUCGAUAAAAGAUUGGUCGGAAAGUUCCCUAGCGAUAUGAAAUAAUCGGAAAAGUGGUCGUUCGAAUUUUUGCUGUUUUUUUUUUCAUACCAUCGGUUGAACCGUGGUAUUCAUUUUUCGUUUACAACUGAACAAGACAUAUUGACAAGACAUAUUGAAAAAUGAAAGAAAAAUAACAUCGAAGAAUAAGAGAACUCACGAAUUUAUGCUUGACUGUAGAGACGAAAAAUUUUUGCGUUACCUUCACACGAGCCGCUCGUGCCUCCCUAACGAGUCUAAAUUUUUUGUGAAAAGAAUCAAAAUUUGUAAAAAAAUAACUGCGAAAAAAAGUUUUUUUUGAAUGAAAAAUUACCUUUUUUUCAACUUUAGCACUUUCGGUAAUCCAAUACCCGCCAUAGUUUAGAGACCUGCAACUUCAAACACUCUGAUACAUCCGUUGGAAAAAUGAACACGAUAAAUUCGAAAUUUGAGAAAAAAAUUGAACUUUUUUUAAGUUCAGACAGUCGAAAAAAAUUAACUUAAGGCUUUCAUUCGUACUAUUUCUAAAAAUCAAUAAAUUUGAACGGGUUGAAAAAUUGAAAAAAAUAAAAAGAAAAAAAUUAUCUAAAAAAAGAAAAAAAGAAGAAAAAAAUUAUCUCGAAAUUAUCUCAAAAAAUCGAAAUUCGCUAAUUUCGAAGUAUCGCCGUGAACGCUCUUUUGAAUUUCGAAAAAAAUCCUGAACGCGCCAUAAUGAAAAACAAUAAUCAAAUCAACAAAUACAAAAAAAUUAAUUGCGAAAAUUUUGAAAAAUUUCCUUUUUUUCCGCGUUUGAUCGUUGCGAGACCCAAUGCUGCAGCACCCGCGUAGCAGGCGCGUCGCGGCCCCUCGAAAUGCCAAUUUUCAGGAUUUCGGGUUUUCAAAUUAAACGAGAAAAAUCGUUACUUUUUUUAUAUUUUUCGAUUCCCCGAAAUUACUUUGAACACGGCAUAAAUGAAAAAAAAAACAAAAAAAAAAUUUAAACUAUGAGUAAAUCGUGCACCACUUGCAUUUGUAACUGCGCGCCAGUCGCAUUUCUUGCUUUUCAGUUUCGAAACUUUUGGAAGAUGUCAUUUUCUUUUCUUUUUAUUGUUGUUUUUGUAUUUAUAAGUAGUAAAGUAGAUAUUAGAAGUUAGAGAAAUAUCCAGAAAGUAUUUUCAAGUUAGUAGAAGAAAUUUAAAAAUGUAUCGUCACUUUUUUUCAAAUUUUCAUCGAUUUUUUAUUGAGCCUUAAUCAUUCAAUUGCAGUUGGUCUUCAACUCGUUCACGAAGAACGCCUGGGGCAAGGAAGAGCGUCAGAAGAACCCGUUGAAGAAGGGAGAACCGUUCGAUAUUCGAAUUCGUGCCCAUGACGCCAAGUUCACUAUUUGCAUCAAUCGGGUUUGUUUGUGUUUAUUUAAAAAACAUUGAGGGAAUUGUGAUAAGCCAUUAUUUGAUGGUUUUCACCAAUCAUUUAUUUUGUUGUUUUAGUCAGAUGUAGUCGACUUUUUCAUUGCGAUUUCAUAGAGCUUUUUGAAAAGCCUUUCGAUUUUUAAACGAGUUUGACAAUUUAAAAGCCGUUUUUCCCAAAAAAGUACAUAAUUUUUUAAUUUUCAGCUCUUUUCAAAAAUUCUUUCGUUAUAUUUUAUAUAGCCCAUUCUGCGCCAGCUUGUCACAUUUUCUCGCCGAAAAGACGCUAUGCUAAAUUAGAUUAAAUUUGACCCCUCUUCGCUUCAAGACCUUUGUUUCUUACUAUAUUUACGGUAGCUUUAUUUCUGCUGUUCCGUACCCUUCCGGGGAGCUUUCGUUCGAUGCGCGCGGUCUGCAUGCGCCUUUAAUUUAUAGCUGAUUCAUAGCAGGCUUGAGCAAACGAAAAUUGGGUCCCGACACGAUAUGAAAAGUGGCCGGUCAAUGCAGAACGCAAACAGGCCAUGUCUUUUGCGUCCCAUGCUAGCCGUGAAACGGCUAUAAUUGUAGUUUUAGGCCGCGCGCAUCGAAGCGAAUGGUUAUCCGGAGUGUAAUAAAAAGCAUGACAACUUGGCGCGAAAAGAUCUACAAGAAAAUUCAAAAUUUUUAAUUUUCUCAUCUUUCAGAAGGAAGUCAAGUCGUUCGAGCACCGCAUCCCUCUGCAGAACGUCACGCAUCUGUCGAUCGAUGGAGACGUGAUCCUGAAUCACGUUCAGUGGGGCGGCAAGUACUAUGUGAGUUUUGGAAAGCUGAAAAUGAUUAUAGUACUAUACAAUGGUUGAACGGACUCAACUUUUAUAUCUCAUGGAAAAAAAUCUUUCAGAAAAUUUUUUUGAAAUAUUGUUAUUUAUAGGUAUCCAAGGUUUCAGAUGCAGAAUAUUUUUUGAAUAUGCCUACAUUGGCUCUUAUGAAUCGUAUUUACCACUAGAAACAGAUAUUUUUCGUAGAUUUUCUCCUGUUUCUUCAGAAGGAAAGCCGUUAAAAUAUCUAGAUUUGAGAGAGACCUCAAGCAGUUUUUUGUUCUCAAAAAUGACCAGAAAUAAUUGCCCCAGUCUUUUUUUUUGUCUGUGUGCAAGAAGCAUUUUUCUCGCACGUGCUGAAAAGAGAGAACUAAUAUUUUUUAUUAUGUGCGUUGUGAAAAUGCUGAAACUUCAAACUUUUAUUCAGUCUUCAGAGAAGGUUCUCUACUGAAUCAUGGAAAAAUAGAAGAGUUUUAAGUCGGUUUGUGAAACUGUCGUUUAUCAAGAACUGCGCGUAGAGCAUCAUCUCGCCUUUCUUUUGAUAGUAGUAGACGAUUUUCAAGCGUUCCGACGAUCGCUAAUUCUCCAUAGCAAUACUUAGGACAUUCAGAUUGGUCCCCAUAGGGGUUAGGGGGAAAACAGCUCCUAUAGAGGUUUAGACUAUGAAGCUUAAGUGGUUCCUAUAGGGGUCGUUCGAUUUUAUUCGAAAAAAAAGUAUUUUUAGUAUCGCAUGCUUUUUCUUGUAGAGUUCCUCACAAUAAUCGUUUCCAAUGUCACUGUAGAGACCACUUUUGCAAGAUUUAGUGGGCUCUAUAGUGCUUGGUAAUGUAGUCCCAGAGGGGACUCUGCUCUUAUAGGGACCACUUUGAAGUUCCUAAGUGCUUCUAAAAAUUUAAUUUUAAGAGCAUAACCAAACAGUAACUUUCUACAGAGUCAUCGAACUUUUAGCACAUUUUUUUUAUUCAGCCGGUCCCCUACGAGUCUGGAAUCGCUGCGGACAGCUUCGGACCCGGAAAAACUCUGGUUCUUUACGGAACCCCCGAAAAGAAGGCCAAGAGGUUGAACAUUCCAACUUUCGUCGAUUCAACUUGAAAUUUUCAGAUUCAACGUGAAUCUUCUCAAGAAAAACGGUGACAUCGCCUUGCACUUCAACCCCCGUUUCGACGAGAAGGUGGUUUCCUUUCUGACUUUCAAGAAAAUUCGAAAAAACGAUUUUUAUCUGAAAAUUUCAAGCUAAAGUUCCAGGCAGGAAGCUUGUUUUGUGGUGGAAAAUUGGUCUCCGGUGUAGGUUUUUUUUCUCUUUUUCAGAGGUUUUUUAUAAGUUCGUUUGUUAUAAACAUACACUUUUCCCACUAUCCUGCACAAAUCAAGGCGAAAAAAAGCACAAAAAUGGAAAAUUUCUGUCUUUUUUCACCCAUUUUCGGCUCGUUUUUAGGUUUUUAUCGAUGAAAAAUCGAAUCUAGACAUUUUUUAAUGAAUUUGAAGGCUUCAGAAAAAUAGAGAAAAUUUAAUUUUGUCUCAUUUUUGAAUGGAAAUUGGAAUUUCUGGCCUAUUUUCUUAUGAAAUUCGAUAAGCUUCAAGAUUUUUUCAGAAGGAUUCCGAUCCUUGUCCAGAGGUUCAUUUUUCGUUUUUCCAACUGAAAAUAUCAAAAUAGCACAUUUCUGUUGUUGUUCUUCUUGUGUGGUCUUGUCCCCUAAUUUUUUUGUUUCAACUUUUUUUUUUGUGAUGGUUUGUAUAUUCAGUUUUUCUUUUUAUAGUUCAGAGAAAAAUAGCAGGUAUUAUAGUUAAGCGUUUAAACACACGUUCUCCGAGAAAAGCGAUUUUUUUUGUCUAAAAAAGGGGCGGAGCCUGUCGAAAUCUUGACGAAAAGCUUCAGAUGCUUGUUGUGAUAAAAGUAUGAGCUCGAAAAAAGCAACAUGAAUUUUUAAGCUCCUCACUGUUUUGGCAACUCAUCAAUUCUCGUGGAGAACGUGUGAUAAGGAUUAAAUUGAUAAAAUAAUAAAUCUAGGCGGUCAUCCGCAACUCGCUGGUCAACGGCGAAUGGGGCAACGAGGAACGCGAGGGCAAGAAUCCGUUUGAGCGGUCCGUCGGCUUCGAUUUGGAGAUCCGCAACGAGGAGUUCGCCUUCCAGGUAAUAUUUGGUUUUUGGCGGGGGGAGGGGGCUCUUUAACAUGAUCCAAAAAAUGGUCCUGGAUCUUCUUCUCGAGACCUCCAUUGAGCUCGUUCAUGCUCCUUUAACUCACAAGAAAUUUUGAGGGGAAAUUGAAACUUUUUCAAUGAGGUGAGGUAUAGCCCUCGCUGAUGAAACCAAAAAAGGUCUUGGAUAUUCUUCUCGAGACCUCCAUUUAGUUUACUCAUGCUCCUUUAAGCUCUCAAGAAAUUUUUCGAGGGAAAAUUGAAACUUAUUCUUUAAGGUUAGGUAUAAACUGAACGGUUGAACUUCUUAUUGAGAGUUUUGACGAAAAAACAGUCAUUUUUCAGCUCUUCGGGGUACUUUAGUUUAAAUUGAUGGAUACUGUAGAUUACUGUAGAUCGCCUUAGAGACUUGGCAUCAAAAAAUAGAGCUCUAUGUUUCUUGAAGGCUUUGAAGUUUUGAAAGAGUAGUUUCCUAAGAUUUUCAAAAACAUGCGAUAAAGUGCGGACGUUCAUAAAAUGCGACCGCUUUUUUGGGCUCCAUUGCUAAUUAAUAAAAUACGGGAGUUUUAAAAUUUCCAGAUUUAACGAAUUUCUUCGGAUCUUUGGUAGUCUGGGCUCUUUAACAUGAUCCAAGAAAUGGUUUUGGAUCUUCUUCUCGAGGCCUCCAUUGAGUUUACUCAUGCUCCUUUAAGUUCCCAAGGAAGUUGAAGUCUUGGAAAUCGUUUUUAAAUGUAGGAAUAAUCUAAACUGUUUUGAUUGAGAGUUUUGACCAAAAAGCUGUCAUUUUUCAGCUCUUCAGAGUACUGUAGUUCAAAUUGAUGGACACUGUAGAUUACUGUAGAUACUGUGGAUUUACUGUAGAUCGCCUUAGAGACUUGGCGUCAAAAAAAAAGAGCAUUUAAAAUUCAAAAAAGAGUUAUUUGUACACCCAUCUUUACCCUAAGAUUUUUGAGGGCGUUUAUAAAAUGCGACCGCUUUUUUCGUGCUCCAUUGCUAAUCAAUAAAAUACGGGCGUUUUUUGAAUUUCCAGAUUUAACGAAUUUUUCCCACCUUUUUUGAUUAGUAUAGUAAUGCCUCUCUUGUAUUUUUGACGGUAUCGUUUUUAAAAAAAUCCUGUCCCAUUUUCAAUUUUUUUUUUCACCUGAUUCCUGGUGGAAUACAUGUUGAUGAACUGUAGGAAAUCGGUCUUAAGAAACGCCCGUAUUUUAUUAAUUUGCAAUCGAAUAUAAAAGGCGGUCGUUUUUUAUGAAACGCUCGCACUUUAUAAAAUUGUUGAGGCGGGUAGAUGUUUUAAUGAGGUUUUUUUUUUCGAUUUUUCUAUAUCAGAUUAUUCUUUCUUCCCCAGAAUAAUGAGGUAGCUCUUAGCGAGAUAAAACAAUGAAAAAACGUCUUUUUUUGGUUUCUCUGAUCGAUCUACUAACACUCCUGAGCUCGAACCGAAGCUUUUCCUUGUCAGAUCUUCGUGAACGGCGAGCGAUUCGCUUCCUACGCUCACCGCGUCGAGCCGCACGAGCUCGCCGGCCUUCAGAUCCAGGGCGACAUUGAGCUCACCGGAAUCCAGGUCGUCCCCUCCGCCUGA